AUGACAACUAGCUUGUUGAGCCGUAUGCAAAUUGACAGAAACCUGCGUCGAUCUACAGAACACGUCGAGAUAGUUCCACAAGAGACAUGCGUUCAUCAUGAGUCGUGGGCGGCAAUCGCCGGAAAUGAAACCGGCGAUUGCCGCCCGAAAACGCCUGUUUUAACAGCCCUACUUCGGUAUACCGGAUUGUUCUCGAAAAGGGGUUCAAAGAGAAGAACUGCGAAAGAGGCAAAGAAAAGUAGUCGUGGAACCAAGUCCAAGACAAAAGGCACCGAGAAGGGCACUGAUAAGAAGUCGUCGAACACAAAGUACAGUAAGCGAAGAUCUAGUCGUCAGAAGAGUACACGUGGAUCUUCGAAUACUCACACGAGAUCGAAGAGUCACCCACCGACUCCGGAGAAGGAGAGAGAGGGGAGGAAGAGGGAAAAGAAGGAGGAUUCGGGUGGCGGUGGGAAGGAUGAUAAAGGAAGUCAGGUAAUUCUCGCCUCCAACCAACCCGCCAAACCUCGCUGUGUCCGAAUCGGAAGCCGCGAAGUGGACGAUGAAACCGUCGAGCGAGUCUUCGAGAAGUUCACAAAAGAACGAAAAGAGGCUCCGCCCCCGGCACCAGGAGCAGCAGGAGUAGGAGCGCCGCCGCCACUCGACGAAAAAGCGCGGCUUCUGAUGGACAGAGUGACAAAGAAGCCGAUGAAGUCGGAACGGUCCGAAAUGUUUUACGACGAGAUGUCGUCGUUUCAAAAGAAGAAACCGACGCCGUCGGUGAAUCAGAAGGCUCCGACGAAGAAGGUUCAAGAGGAAUCGGUGUUCUUUGACGAUGAUUCGUAUAGUCAGGUGCCGAAACUGAUUAACGUCCGGAAGAUGUCGGGGGAGAAUGUUUAUACGGAGAGAGGAGUACCGUAUUGGACCGAGCCUUUGGAACCGACCGAUGAGGAGAGGGAAACGACGGCCGAAGCGAUAAUGGUCUCGAACCCGCACAUCGAGCUCGUCCACAACAAGACGAUCACUCUUCUCACAAAUCCAGUCAUGAGUUUGGAGUUGAACGAGUUCUUGCACCUCUCGGAGCUAAUGAAACGAGACGAGGCACAUUUCGAUGCGCGGCUCGUGUUCUCCAACACUAUCCGCACUUUUAUGCUUUUGGAUCCGAGUGAUGAAUUGAAAAAAUUGAAAAAAGAGAUGGAGGAGCUGAUUGACACCUCGAAUCCGAAAGAGGGAGACCGGAAAGUCAAGUUCCACGUGGAGAACCCGACUGUGGCGGUGCUCUAUUCGCGAACCGACCCGAUUCAAUCGAUUCGUGAGAUGUUCAGCUCGAGAGUCUCGGUCACCACUACACUGACGACUACGUCGACUUCUAGUCGUGAUGAGAAUAAUUGA